AUGCCUCUCGCGACCUCUGUUGCCAACCUCUUUGCGCGCAACAGCGUCUUCGUCGGCACCGUCUUCACUGGCGCCUUCGCGUUCGGCAUCGUCUACGACAAGGUCACCUCUGCGUGGUGGGACGCACACAACGCCGGCAAGCAGUGGAAGGACAUCCGCCACAAGUACGUUGAGCAGGAGGAGUAA